GUCCAUCAGCCAAAUUUGAACACUUCGGGCACCAGGCUAACUGAAAAUCAUGGUUGAAUUUAUUCAUCAAAUUGGUAAUGAUACUCCGAAAUCCGAGGUCUGUCACAUGGACUAUAGGCUAUAGAAGAACAUUUGCCUUUUCAAAUGCGAAGUAGUAAAGUACGGGUGGUAACGUAAAUUUAAUUUAAUGGUUUUAAAAGUGUUACCAUACCGGUAUAUCUUUUGCUUUCUCCUUUCACUUCAGCUAGACCAUAUAAAGUUCAUAUGUUCCAGUAAUGUCUGUAUGAACAGUACCGGUAACAAUAGUAACAGUGUCAAAAUAAAGAAUAUUCCAAACAAAUAAGCUUUAGCUAAGCGUCAAAAAUGUCAUCUGCUUUUGGUUUAUCACUUCAAUGGAGAUCUAUGGGAAAUGAACUGUACAGAAAAUUUAAGAAUCAAGAUUUGACACCAUGUAUUGCUAAAGACAAACUACAGGAAGUUUUAAAUUGUUAUUAUAAAGCCGAUGAUUAUGCAGAGAAUGAUUUGGAAAAGUCGUCUGCAAAAAAGAAUGUGGCGGUAAUGUCAGAAAAGAUGAUGGAAUGCCUCAAUAAUAAUAGUGGCUCGAAAACUUUAAUUCAUUUUUAUUCAAAGCAAGCAAUUAGAUAUUACUUUGAAGCAGAUAAGUUUGGCCGAGAUAGAGAUGAUGAAUGGCUGAUCUCUAUAGACACCAGUUCCUUAAAAUGCUGGUUGAAUAUUCAAGAUCUUUUGACAGAAGAAGAUGUCGAAAUAAGAAUAAGACACUAUGAAUUUUUUGUUCAAUUCUUACUCGGUAACGAAAUCAGAUCCUCAGCUUUCCAUAUAAUAGCAGAAUGCUAUUUCCACCUUAGUGUUUCUAAGAUUGCAGACAAGAACUACAAAGAGGCCUUGUCUUAUCUUGCAAACUGUUACUUCCCUAUUCAGGAAGGGUUAAAAUUAGCGAGAACUCCAAGAGGAAAGAAGGUUUUAGACACAUUAGAAGGUGAUAUCCAGCAACAAAUAAGUAUUGCAGAAUCACUCCAGGCUCUGGAAGUAGCUGAUGACCUUUUCUCACAGAUGAUUUCAAAUGAAGAAGAGAUAAAUUUUGAUAUAAUAUGGGAUAUCAUUGAUAAGUAUCGUAGAGUUAUUAUUUUAACAAGAGAAAAAGAAAUUGAACUAGAAGCAAUAGCUUCCAGUAGGAUUGGGAAAAUUUACCAUAAAGUGUUAAAACUUGAAAACAAAGCAAAAUCAUAUUUUACAAGAACGUUAGAACUGGCUACAACACUGAUACCAAGAACUAUGUUUAAUGAAGAAUGGUACCGUGUGGCUGCAGAAGGGUUAAAAGGUUUUCAGGAUGAAGAGAGGAUGAGAGAAGAUGAAGAAAAUCGUUUGGCACGCGAAGAAAUCAUGAAUGAGUUAAAAGAUGAACUUUUUGACUUAAAAAAGAAAUUUGAAGAAGGAAAAGUAGACUUUCUCAAAUUUCUGUACAAAACACAUCCUCCAAAAAAUGACAAACAUGUAUUAGGAGAGUUACCAGAUCAACCCGAACCAGCCCAACUUAAAAAGUUGUAUCAAAAAGCUGUUGUUCACUUUCAUCCAGACAAAAUAGACAUUUCGGUACAUGGUAAAAAAUGGAAAGUUUUAUCUGAAGAGAUUUGUAAAAUUUUAACAUCUCAAUAUGAAAGCUACAAAGGUUGCUAAUUAUGCAUUUUAAAUUUAAUAUACAAUAGUUAUUGUUUGACCCUGCAACUGGUUACUCAUCAAUCUUGAUCAUUCAGUCUUUACCAUGAUUUAAUGUUGUACAAAACUAAUCAUUAACUUGGUAAUGUCCAUAUUUUGACCACUAGUCACCUUUAGGUACUAAAUGUAUUUAGUUUAGGUAGAGUCAUUGAAUCAAAAUUGUUGGGGGCAUUUGGCGUUGUGCACUUUGCUAUUACACCAAAUGGAUUUGGAUUAUCAGAAAUUUUAUUUUAUCUCCAAGAUAGGAGACACUGUUUGUAUGAAUGUAUUGUGUUAUGUAAUAUUUAUUAUUGAAUGUAUAUGACUAUGUCUAAGUGUAUGUAUAUGUAUGCAUGCUGUCCUUCAUGGACGUUUUGAUGCAAUAAACAUCUUAUCUUAUCUAUCAAAGGGAAAUAACAAUUUAAAAACUCUAAAACCAAUUUUCGGCUAAGAGAUGUGAGGGGAUGUUAAUAAUAAAAAAAGAACCACAAAUCUAAUUAAUGAUGCAAGAAGUUAUUAUUGUAAAGAACAUUGUGUAAGUAAGAUAAAGUUUUGAGAUAAUAUUUUGAGAAUGAUAGUUAAAAUUAUGAACAAAAUAGGUUCGACUUGUGGGAUUUAAACAAAAUAAUUGAUAUUAAUUGAUGAUAUUGGGUCAAGGAUUAACAAACUACAGUAGUUUGAAUUAUAAACCAAAUUAGAAUUAUAAAGCUAAAGUGAUAAUUGUGUGUUACAUUAGAAUUUAAUUAUGAGCAAUAGUACGGUAAUGGGCAGAAAAGUUAGAUAAGAUUUUAGAUAAGAUAAGAUUUUAUUGUAUCGAAAAAUCCAUUUAGGUCAGCAAACAAUAUAAGUUAUGAGAACUAAUUUUGAGUCAAACUAAGCUCAAUAAGUGAUGUGAUCUCCAUGUAUGGUUUAUUUUUUUAUUCUUUAAAAAAGAUUGUUCUGUUACAUGUAUGAUUUAAUAGAAACUUCAUUCAAUAUUUUUUUUUGAUUUUUAUGUAGACAUAAUUAUGUUUAUCGUUUUUAUAGUGAUAUGUUGCAGGUAGUGAAAUUGAUCAUUUUGUAAACAGUGCAUUUCAUAUUUGGGGACCCCACAUAACUGUAUUGUAGGCCUAUCUCAGUUUGUGUUUAAUGUAGUAAUAUAUUUUUGUUAAAGUUACAAUUUCAUAUUUUCUAAGAAAGUCAAAACAUAAUUAUUUCUAUGUCUUUUGCUCAAUAGGUUGUCAACUCACUAUUAUACAAUCAUAGGUUAUCUUUCUCACACUUAAAAAUCUCCACACCGGAAAUAAUAACACAAUUACCUCCCUUGUUUUCCUAUUACCCACCAUGGAAUAGCUAUCUUCAAACGUUUGAAUUUGAAGUUGAAAAUGAAAUUUUUGCCAAAUUCUCAACUGGCAAUAGUGAAUUAUAGGAUUAAUAGGAUUAUUCUUUAACAAGGUAGGACUGUUUAUAGAUACCAUCUAUUUUAGGGCUUUAUUUUAAUACAUUUUGAAAAUAUAACUUAAAAAUAUGAAAUUGUAACUUUAAACAUUUUAGUUGAUUCAUUUUGUUUACUCAUUUUACUGAGCAGUGGCUUUUUUUUUCAAUUUUAGUCAGAGAACUUGUUUAUUUUUAAUUGCCAAAUUUUGAAAUGCUGAUACAAAUGAUUUUCAGAUCUGUAUGUCAUUAUCUGUAUCCUAACAGCAUGAUUUUAUUGAAAAAUUGCUUAAGAAAAAGUGCUUGUAUAUUUGUUUUUAUAUUAGUAGUAGUUUAUUUUUGUUAUUUAAUGUUUUAAAAACCUAGUCAUGAACAUUGUUUAUUAGUUGAUUAUGUAACCAUACUAUUUUUAUACGCCCAUAUUUUCAUGUAGACUUAUAUUGUCAUCACCCUUGUACGGACGUCCGUCUGUUCGUCCACAAUUUGUUUGUGGACACUCUACAGAUCACAAUUCUUAUCCGAUUUUAACGAAACUUGAAAUAUAGGUUUAUCUCCAAAAGAUCUCGGUUCCGUACGAUAUUGGCAUGCAUCGGAUCAAAACUUCAUGGAUUAGGGGCCCUGAUUGUACGAAAAAUCAAGUUUUUAGCUUGUGGACACUCUAGAGAUCUUGGUUCUGUUCGAUAUUCGUGCAUAUCGGAUCGUGACUUCCUGAAUUAUGACCCUUGAUUGUAUGAAAAAUCGCGUUUUUAGGUUGUGGUCCCUCUAGAGGUCACAAUUUUUAUCUGAUUUAAAAUAAGGUUUGAAUAUAUCACCAUUACACCCUAAUGAUUGUUGCCGAGUUUGAAUUUCAAGAAAAUCGAAUCAAAACUGCCAGACACAAUGGCCGCCCCUAGUAUACAAAUAGUGUAAAUGUAUGUAAUACGAAGGUUGUGGACUCCCUCUAGAAGUCACAAUUUUUAUCCGAUUUUAAUGAAACUUAAAAUAUAUCUUUAUAUCCCAAAUAUCUCAGUCCAUUUCGAUAUUUGGGCAUUUCAGACCAUAACUUCCUGGAUUAUAGUCCCUGAUUGUACGAAAAAUCGCUUCUUUUGAUUUUUUAACUUGUUCUCUAUCCACCUCUUGCAAAAUGUGGCGGUAUCUUGCCUGGCAACAACUGGAUGAUCAUUUUUGACAUGCUGACUGCCAACUCAAUAGAUAUUUUAAUAUAUGUCAUUGUAUGUGAAUAUAUGUCAGAACUGGUAUGUAACAUGUUAUAUUAUAUGGAAGAAAUAAAGCAUUUGUAAAUUUUUA